UAUUCGUUCUGUACAUGCAAGUUUCGAGUGAUUAAAAAAUACAGUCGAUAUCAUUAUGUAGAAAGAUAAUUAGGAAAGCUGUUUGUAUAAGAUUAUUACAGUGUCACAAGUGGAGAGUUUAAAAACAUCAGAAGUGUGGCUUGAUAUGUAGUUGAAACCGGUUUAUCUGAGUCGUGCUGAAAAGAAUUCCUCUUCAAUAACUUUUGUACAGUUUACAAAUCAGUUCUUUGGUAUACACCUCGUAUUCCACGAUGCCGAGAAUACCGUUCACAUAUAAAGGUCUUAUCGUCCCCGUCUUUUCACCGUUUAAUAAUGACAGUGUAAGGAGUCUAAACUUGUCAGUUGUACCGCAGUACGCCAAAUAUUUAGCUUCAAAGAAAGUUAAUGGAGUUCUUGUCAAUGGAACAACUGGAGAAGGUCCGUCCAUGUCUGUAGGCGAGAGGAAGUUACAUGCUGAAGCAUGGGCCGACGUUGUAAAAACGACAAAACAACAUUUGAUGAUUCAAGUAGGAGGUGCACCGCUUCCCGAUGUUCUUGAACUCGCAAAGCAUGCUGAGAAUAUCAAAGCAGAUUCUAUACUCUGUCUACCGGAAUUAUAUUUCAAACCAUCAUCCCCAGAACAAAUUAUCGAGUACUUAAAAUUAGUCGGCUCUGCAGCACCGAGUACACCUCUUCUUUAUUAUCAUAUUCCAGUACUCACUAACGUUAAUGUGCAUAUGAGACAAUUCCUUGAAUCAGUGGGGGAAAAAAUUCCAACAUUUGCGGGAAUAAAAUUCACAAGCGCUAAUUUGGAAGAAGGUACUCAAGCAUUAAAUGUUGGUAACAAAAAGUAUGCAGUGUUCCUUGGAAAUAAUCAGACAAUAAGUGCUGCCUACACAUUAGGAAUCGAUUCAUUCAUAUCAACAACCGCCAACAUGUUACCGGAACUAGUACUCGAAAUUAUGGCCGAAGGGAAAGCUGGAAAUAUGUUUAAAAUGAGAGAAAAACAAGAACUAUUGACAAAGGCUGUGAUUGCUACAUCAAAACAUGGUGCUUGGGCAGAGAGUUCAAAAGUAGCAAUGCCCUUAUUGACCAAUGUUAAUCCUGGUCCUGUACGUGCACCAUUGAGAGUUUUACCUCCGCAAGCCUCACAAACAAUGAAGAAAGAUUUUGAAAAUUUAGAAUUUCAAAUACAUGAGUAAAUUUCACGCUAAAGCAAAAAUAGUCAACCGUGU